AAAUGGGCGUGGCUAAUAGCGUGGCUCCUUCUCUUUUGCUCCCCCACUUUUUCUUACGUUUUCUCCGCUCUUCGGGAGGGAGGCGGUUACCAUGGCGAUGACGUCAAGCUGGGCGGGCAUGAGAAGGCGGGGAGAGGCGGGGCUGGCUGAGUGAGGAGAGGAAAGAUGGCGGCGGAGGCUGCCGCUGCUGCUGUUGCUGCAAGAGCACUGGGGGAGGCUGCGGGGCCGCAGUGGGCGGCGGCGCUGAGGAGACCCUAGGCAGGAAGAGCGGCAGCGCGCUGGGACCCGGUGUUGCGAGGAGAGCGGCGAGGGAGCUCAUGUGCGGUGAGGGCGGCACCAGCCAGGGUCGGUCGCCACCAGCAGAAACGCCGCCAGGAGGCACCUCAGCGAAGUCCUGCCUCCGUCGAGCCGGCUCCGGGACCGCCGAGUGAAGGUGAAGGAGGAAGCGAGGGAGGCGACAGUCCCCGCGGCAGGGUAGGGCUGACAAAGCGACAGCGAUAGCAGGAUGAAGUUCGCCGAGCACCUCUCCGCACACAUCACCCCCGAGUGGCGGAAGCAAUACAUCCAGUAUGAGGCUUUCAAGGAAAUGCUGUAUGCAGCCCAGGACCAGGCACCUUCUAUAGAAGUCACAGAUGAAGACACAGUGAAGAGGUAUUUUGCCAAGUUUGAAGAGAAAUUCUUCCAAACCUGUGAGAAGGAACUUGCCAAAAUCAACACAUUUUAUUCAGAGAAGCUUGCAGAAGCUCAGCGCAGGUUUGCUACACUACAAAAUGAAUUGCAAUCAACUUUGGAUGCCCAGAAAGAAACAAGUGGUCUUACCACUCUGCGACAGCGUAAAAUGCCUGUCUUCCACCUGUCCCAUGAGGAACGUGUUCAGCAUAGGAACAUCAGAGACCUGAAACUGGCCUUCAGUGAGUUCUACCUCAGCCUCAUCCUCCUGCAGAACUAUCAGAAUCUAAAUUUCACGGGAUUCCGCAAGAUCCUGAAGAAACAUGAUAAGAUCCUGGAGACACCCCGAGGUGCAGAUUGGAGAGUGGCUCAUGUUGAAGUGGCACCGUUCUAUACUUGCAAGAAAAUCAACCAGCUCAUCUCUGAAACAGAGACUGUGGUGACUAAUGAGUUGGAAGAUGGAGACCGACAGAAAGCUAUGAAACGGUUACGUGUUCCACCACUGGGAGCUGCACAGCCUGCACCAGCAUGGACUACCUUCCGGGUUGGGUUGUUCUGUGGAAUAUUCAUUGUGCUGAAUGUUACCCUCAUACUUUCAGGUGUGUUCAAAAUAGAAGGAUCAGAUGUUUGGCCACUCAUAAGAAUCUAUCGAGGUGGCUUUCUCCUGAUAGAAUUCCUUUUUCUUCUUGGCAUUAACACAUAUGGCUGGAGACAGGCUGGAGUGAACCAUGUCCUCAUCUUUGAACUCAAUCCCCGCAGUAAUCUCUCCCAUCAGCAUCUCUUUGAGAUUGCCGGAUUUCUUGGGAUGUUGUGGUGCCUGAGCCUGCUGGCAUGUAUAUAUGGUAAACAUGCCUAUUUUCCUAUGCAGGCAAACCCACUUAUCUUGUAUGGAUUCAUGUUGUUGUUUCUCAUCAACCCUACCAAAACCUUCUACUACAAGUCUCGUUUUUGGCUGCUCAAACUCUUGUUCCGGGUGUUCACUGCCCCCUUCCAUAAGGUGGGCUUUGCAGAUUUCUGGCUGGCCGAUCAGCUUAACAGUCUGUCUGUGAUACUUAUGGACCUUGAAUACAUGAUCUGUUUCUACAGCUUUGAGCUCCAGUGGGGCAAGGAUGAUGCAUUGCUGGUUCCAGAUGAUAAGAUCUGCAAUAACUAUGCCUAUGGCGUGCGUGCGGUUGUUCAGUGCAUUCCUGCUUGGUUGAGAUUCGUCCAGUGCCUCCGCCGAUAUCGUGAUACCAAACGGGCCUUUCCCCACUUGGUCAAUGCUGGCAAAUACUCCACUACCUUCUUUAUGGUGACAUUUGCAGCCCUUUAUAGCACUCACAAAGAUCAAAGCCACGAUGAUAAAGAUGUGUUCUACUACCUGUGGAUUGUCUUCUGUUUCAUCAGUUCCUGCUACACCCUUAUCUGGGACUUGAAGAUGGACUGGGGUCUCUUUGACAAGAAUGCUGGUGAAAACACUUUCCUUAGAGAGGAAAUUGUCUACCCACAAAAAGCCUAUUACUAUUGUGCCAUUGUAGAGGAUGUAAUCCUGCGCUUUGCAUGGGCUAUCCAGAUCCCUCUCACCUCUCUCUCACCUUUUGCCAAGGACAUCAUUGCUACUGUUUUUGCACCACUUGAAGUUUUCCGGCGGUUUGUGUGGAAUUUCUUUCGGCUGGAGAAUGAGCAUCUAAACAACUGUGGUGAGUUCCGUGCUGUCCGGGACAUCUCAGUGGCACCACUAAAUGCAGAUGAUCAAACCCUGCUUGAGCAGAUGAUGGAUCAGGAGGAUGGUGUCCGAAACCGCCAGAAAAACCGGGCUUGGAAGCGUAGCCAGAGUGUGUCCAUGCAUCGACCGCGUCUAGCUUCACAGUCCAAGGCUCGUGACACCAAGGUGUUAAUAGAAGACACAGAUGACGAAGCGAACACAUGAAACGCCCACAUAACCUAGUUCCACAUCCCUUGUUUUCUCUUACUUUACUAUCCUCCACCCACCCUAACCUCUGGUAUAGUUCCAGCUGAAAACAGGAGAAAAAUCUGAACACACUAUCUGAGCUCUUCCGAACCGGAUCCUAUGGACUCCAACAAGCUCACUGUGUUUUCCUUUCUUUUCUUCUGGUUUUAAUUUGAUUUCUUGUUUUUAAAGUUUAAAAAAAUGUAACUUCGUUUUGCCAAUCAGAGAGACACUUAAGGAAGGAACUGUCUUAAAGAUUGUUUACAAUCUCUACAAGGACAUAUAAUCUGGAUGAAGAACAAGCGUCGUAGGGACUCCCUAAUGGGACUUACCCGAGCAUUCACUCGGUCUCUGCUCGGUCCAGUUUUUACUGGUUGAAACUGGACCUGCGUUUUUAACUCUGGCUCGCUCUCUUGUGUUUGGAUUUUUCCUUCAUACUCCGCGCCAAGGCACUGGCUGCACUUGCCGGGAAAGUGCACUUAGAGCAGUACCUUCAUUCACGAAGCUACUUUUUAAUUUGAUGUAUCUGUCUUAUAAUUUUUUGGGAAAUAUGAUGUAUUUUGUUGCACAUAGUUUUCACAUUAUUUAUGAUAGUUAACAACCAUGCGAGAACAGUUUUUGAGUUCUGUGCAAUGAAGGUGGUAACUCUCUAAAAACAAGGCAAGUGGUGGGGGGAAGGGGAUGUAGAUCCUGAAUCUCUCUUGCUGCAAGGUUAAGCCCUUUAAAAUACCUCUCUAAUGAGAGAACUUGCACCAGUUUGACCUGGCUUGUUUUACUACUUCUGUUGUAUUUAUUUUAAACCAAAGUUUCUCUUGUGAGUUUUACUUGCUGCUGCUGGUAGUUCUCCAGAAACCUGGGCAUCUUUCUUAGCUGGAUCAUCCUUUUGUAUGUCGUCUUAUUCUUUUUCCUUUUUCAAAACAGAAAUAAUACAAAAGACUUUUAGAUGUUUGGAGAAAAGUUAGUUACAGCUAAUCCAGUGCAGUUCUCCGCAUUUCCAUGCAAAAAAGAGCCUUCGUUUGUAGGUCAAGAAUGGCUUUUAUUUUAACGAGCUGAGUUUCAAGGGCAUCACCCAUCUUGUGUUUAAAUAGGGAGCCCCUGCAUCGUUCCAUUCACUUCAGCUAGAUAAUAGAGAAAAACCUGGGAUUAAGUGAGAUAAUGUUCUGCCUUGUUGGGGGUUAGGGUUGAUGAACCCAACAGCCCAUGUGGGGUUCAGGCAGACUCUCCAGAGCCUGUCAUUUAGUUAACCUGGAGUUUAUGUUGUCUCCAAAGACUGAGGAAGUUGGUAUUGUAAUAGAAAGGGCUUUUUAAUGGGUUUUUUAAAUUAAAACAAAAACAAAAACCUUUUUGCCAAACUUUGGCAAAGAUUUGUUGACAAUCACUGGCCAAGAACAUCCUCAGGUUAACUUUUGUUUCACUUACGUUUUUUUAACCUCUCUACCCCAGAUCCUUAUUUUCCAUCUUAGUGCUAGGCCUGACUUUUGCAAGUGUUAGGGUGACAUUGCAAAUCAGAAUUAGGGUAGACUGGUCAUACAGUUCAGCAAAUUCUUAGAAAAAGUUUCCAGCUUUAUUAUUUUAAAAAGUAAUCCAUGUUGGCCUCCAGAGCCCGUAGGAUAGAGCAGCAUGAAUGCCUAAGGUGACCAUACCCAUCCCUUGUAGUCGCAAGCCUGUGUUGUGUAUGCCAAGCAUUUGUGCUCAAUGUUAGCAAACAAAACCUCUUCUUCGUGCUCUGUUACACAGUGUGUAAGUGUGUAAGGUUAACACCAUAUACUGGAAGCUACUUCAGGUUUCUUUAACUCUGUGUCUAAUCCAAGAUUCCACUUUGCAGCAAGGACGGUGGUGCGUCUUUUAGCCUUUGGUGGUAAUUUAUUGCUAAUUCCUUUCUCCUGUGGAGCCCUCUCAGUCUGCAAAUCAGAGGCACACUUUUAAGGAACAAUUUUACUCCUCCUCAACCGCUUUCCCUUGUUCUAUAUUUAUAAUUGUAUUCUUAUCCACCUGUUUAUCCCUCAUCUACCUUCCCAGGCCAUUAACAAAAAUUAUUCUGUAGGGCAACUGUGGCUUUUAAAAAGAAAACAGAUAUGUAUGAUGUGCCUGUAGCCAAUUGGAACUGUGGAGUCCUAACUUUACAUUUCUUACUCUUACAAAGAAUAAAAUAAUUCUGAGCAAAACAGUGACUGACAUGAUGUGCAGCACACCACAGGCAGAUCUGCCCUGCUCACACUACAGGUGUGUGAAAUACUGUCUACGCUGUUGCACAAGAGCACUGUUUUGCAAAUGCAAUUGCACAGUUUGUGCUUGUGUGACACUACAGCCUUUGGAAAUAAUGGCCAUAGCAUCAUGAUUGCAUCAUUGUAUAUGUUGGCAAAAGAGUGUGAUUCCAUGGCAGUGCUGGCAAUGUUUUGGAUGCCUGCAGCAGCGCAGGUGGUGCCGAACUGCCUGUGGUACACUGCACAUCAUGUCAGUCAGUGAUGGGAAAUUGGGACUGUUUGUCAGGAAAGAGAGCCACUGAGCAAGACUUUGGAUAGUCGUAUUGUGUUUUAACUAGGAGGAAACUCUGCAUAAACCACUGAGAUGUUAACGUGAUGGAAGUGGGCGGGUGGGGCAUCUUGAUGGCAGUAGAGAAUUUGGGGGUGUGGAUUGUUAGUGCUUCAACCCUAUCACAAGAACCAUUUGUUAAUUCAGCAAGACUGAACCCUUUAUCUUGGGAUAAAGAAAAGGGAAUAUGUAAAAAUAAGACCCCUUCCAGGAGCCUUAUUUCCAAUUCCACCACAGCUAUGCCUUCUUGCUCAGACAGUAGACGAUGUGUCUGCAGCAUGGUGACUGCAGUUCUGAUAUCCUUUCAGACAUUUCAAGGGCUUUUGCUUUGUUUUCUUCAUGAAACUCACAAAUUUUGUAAGCAGUAUACUGGUUGGUAACACACUGAGAGUUGCUAGUAAUGGUCUGAGAAUAAGUGACAACUACCUGUAAAUUUUAAUAAGAUGAAUGGUGUGAAAAGGGCAUCAGACUACCCAUGGGGUGCCAGCCUGAACAAAUCAUGUCAUCUGUUACUUCUUCCAAGCAAAUAUAUGUGAUAUUGGAAAUUAACUUGCACCAAUGGAACUAGACAGAAUGAAGCUUGAGCAGAAGGAGACAUCUGGUGCUAAAAAUCUUGACAGCCAAUAAGUUCAGGUAGGAGAAAGGGAAAAGGCUAAGGCUGGAGACAGUUUCAACAGAGCUGAAAAUGGUAUGAGAGAGAAAUGUGACCUUCAGGAUACAUACAGAAAUUGAGUGGUUUCCUAACUGCCACCUCUGGUCAAAUAGAUUGUGCGGGGGGUUUAUAAGCACUGUGCACACGGGGAGGGGGAGAGAUGCUUACCAGAGAUGAUUGCAGGCCAUACUACAGGCCACAAUGACACUUUCAUACCAACACUCUGAAAAAAGCUCUCUUCUCCAGUCUAAUUAUCUGGCUCAUUUGGUAACAGUGAAUGUGCUGCUGGGAUUAGACCUUGUGUCAAGGGAACUCCACCACCUUAUGUUGGCCACUCAUUGUUGACUUUUGAUUCAGAUACAUUCUUCAUUCUCCAGCAUCAUUGAACAACCAAAAAGUCCCAAGAACACUGUCAGUGCUUGCUGUGGCAGAUCUCAAGAGGCCACACCAACUUUGGAAUACAGCUGUCUCCAUUGAGCUAGUUGCUAUAAAGCCUUGGAUAUCCAUUGCCUAACAGCCAUGUGGACUUUAAAAGAAUGAGUGUCUUGAUAUACAAGUGACAUGUUACUCUAUGUAAUAUCUUCAUUUGGGUCUUGCAAGCCACACCAAGGCUGAGAUUCACAUGCUCUAGAUCAGAUCAUCGUGGCUAAGGUUCUUGAGUUCCAGAACAGAUACUUGGAAGUUAGUUGCUCAUGCUUCUCAAAUCUUACUUUUGAAUAUGAAUUGACAGAGUUUCUACGAUAUAGUUCAUAUAGUGGAUGGUCAGCACAGAAUGCAAGACCACACUGUGGUGAUCAUUUUCAUUAAUUCCAUUAUACUAGAAAGGCAGUGUUGUUUGAGUUCCUCUUAUGGGGGACUCAGGUUCCAGGGAACAUAAAGAACUCCUCAUCCAAAAUGAAAGAUGAUAUAUUGGAGCAGCCAUAACACUGAUCCCAUACUUCCAAAUUGAAAGUUGAGGGAAAGGUCUUUUCUUUGACUAGAGAUAGAGUAUUAUUUUUUCAGAGUUGAAGGUCCUUUGAAAGAGGGAUGAUAGUUUGGUUUAUGUGUUCAUCAUAUUUUCACCUCUGGUACAAACAGACUUUUCAAGAUUUAAUUUUAUUAAUUGUUUCAAAGCGCUGUUUGGUCUGAGAUAACAGAGACAAAAAUAUACCUAUGGGAAAUUAUGCUUCUCAAACUAUUUUUCAGCCUUCUUAAAAAAACUAUUGUCCAAUCUCCAGCCCUUGUUUCAGUAGCCUCUAAGAUUAUGCUUCCUCCCUUUCUAACUACCCUAGGGCUGCUGUAGUAGAGACAGCUGUAUAUUCAUGGGUUAGAUAAAAUCAGGACAAUAGGAUUCUCCUCUCCCCACCCCCUUUCUUCCAAUGAGGUUAUAGACGUAUCAUGUGAGAAUGCACAGAGGCACCUCACGUUUGCUUUUUAAAUGAAAUGCUCCCUUUUUCAUCUUUUGUUUUUGUCGCAAUUAAGAAGAUUGCUGUUACUUUUUGAACCUUCUCCAUGGUGACUGCCUGGUUAAGAGGAAGGUAGCAGGAAUAAUCGGGCAUCUCUCUGAGCAUACAACAAUGAUAUUUGAAUGAUGCCUUCAUACCUUGCUUUUUACUGAAGUCCAAGAAGCCUGGCCAGCAUCCUAUAUGGAAAGGCUGAUACCUUUGAAUACGCUCCAGUAUCCAACAUGGCAUGUAGGAGUUCCUCAGCAGCAAGCUCCCUGAAGGGAAGUUUGGAAUCCACUGAUCUAGAUCUUCCCCAUUCUCUCCAAAGAGAAUGGUCCAGCUUUGACCCAAAUGUGCUUCAUUGUUUUCCAUAAUGGCAUACAUGUUCCCUCCUUUGGAAGCAAUAGUUGGCAUACAGUUUCCCUUACUUUGGCUUCUUACUCUGGAACAAGGCCUUCAUAAAAAAAAAAAGACCUUGUCCAGAGUAAGGGAAACUGUAUGUCACCCAUUAUCAUGACCACGAUUUUCUACUGCCACAAGCCUACAAUGGGAAAAGAAAAAUUUAAGGGGGUAUAUACAUUUGUUCCAGAUAUAUAUUGACUCAAGUCAUGAGUUGAAAUGUCUACAUUUAGGCCCCAGCUGAUUCAUGGUGCUGGUCACUGAAUAUACUCAGUCUUUGUUUUUAGCCUUGAUUUUACGGUAAGUAUCCAAGUGCUAACAGUCCUACUUUGUAUUCAGAUCAGUUAAAUCAUUCUGCUGUGCCUAUUCAGGUAAGGCAGACCUUUUUGCUUCUCCAAGCACCAGGCAAUCUUUUACAAGACCUGAGCUGGAUCAGGUGACCACACUAAAGCCCUAUGACAUUUCACCAUACCACAAGCAGCUAUAUGUUGGGAAGAAAUAGUCCUGCCUUUCAGUAUUAGAAUCCUUUGGACAGCUGGCUGUUGAAAGAAAAAAUGGGGGAGGAAGACACUAUCUCCUUGGGUCUGGAGGAGGAGGAUCACUUUCAUACUGCUAAAACCUCUGUCCAGCAUCUCUUUGCCACCUUUAAUGUCCUCACCUGUGACAAGUCCAGGACUUGGUAGCGAUUUGGAUAAAGUAUAAAUUUGAUUCACUUCAUGAUUAGACCAGUGCAGGGUUGGUCAGAGCUCUGAUGCACCCACUUCAAUAAUGUUGUAACAUGAGAGAGACCCAGGGAUUGAAAUAACACUAAUAUAUUUCUGAGUGGAGGGUGUUUAUGUACGUAAAUCCUGCUCCAAGUAUAUAUAUUCUUGAUGCCCAGAGAAUCUUUAGAAGAAAAAUGCAGUUUGGGGAAAGGGAGUUACAGGGUCCGUAAUCAGGCCAUGAAGUGCAAUUCUUUUGAGAUUAUACAUCCUGAGAGGAGAGACCUCUUUCCUUUCCAACCUGUUUAGCUUUCAACUUCAUACCAUAUAGAUUCUUCUGAUGGUGCUUGGAGGUGGCAAUGAACUUGCUUUUUCAUACACACUCCUGCCCUGCUGCUGUCUGAUCUCUUCCUCAUUCCCAUCCCUUUCCAAUGUAUUGGUCUAAAUGAUGAUUAUAUACUAUGAAGCCCUGAGCUGUAGAUGUCAAAAGUAACUAUGGAAUGUGAUUUAGUCCUCUUGUGGGUGCUUUUUUCUUUCUUUUUCUAUCCCCUUCUCCACUCCUCUUUUUAGCUCAGUGGAAAAGGUGAGGACAAAGACUUGCUGCUUGCUUGGACUCAUGAUGUUAUCCGUGACUGCGCUAUUAGCUGUCCUUCUCCCUCCCCUACCCCCCAGUGGAUAUAAGAUUUUUCUGAAGUGUGGAAUUAACUUUCUUGAUAAGUAGGUUUUAAAAAAUGCACAAUGUGGUACUGUUUCAUAGUUCUUAGAUGGUUGUAUAAAGAAGUUAACGUGCUUUGUGCUUUUGAAAGGAAAAAAGUGAUUGGUUUAUUAAUCUGUCUUUUUUCAUUAUUACAAGCUUUGUUUUCCAA